ACAAGAACUCCAAUCCAGACUUCUUCUCUAAAUCUCAAGUUCACUACUCUGCUACUUGUGAUUCAGUGUGGUCACAACACUUCCCACUGCUGCUACUGUUAUCUGCUGUCAUCAUCACUCUUCACUUUUGAAAGCCAUUGUCAUCCCUUUCAAUUAGAGUCCUUCUGAGCACUACAGUUUGUGCAUCAGGAGCCUGCUAUCACUGGGAGCCUCAUCACCUCGUCAUCUCGUUGUUCUCAAACCUACCUUGUGCUAUAAUUAGCAAGGUAGUGCUUGUCCAUACUCGUCACUAAGCCCCUAUCUUUAUCUUCCAACUAUCCCUCCUCCUCAAAACCCACACCCAUAUAUCUCUGUGUUUUUUACUUUGAAAGAUCGUCAUACGUACCA